AUGAAGAUGUCGUCGAGGUCGUCUUUGUUGACCAUUACCUCCCCAGCCAGAGCAGCAGCGGCGAGGACGAGGACCCGCGCUCGUUUCUCCCGGCAAGCCAGGGCCGCCCGCAAGGCGCUUCGGCGAGAGGACGUGAUGUCUCGCGGGACAUCAGUGUUGUGGCGUGGCGACGGCAGCAACAACGGUGGAACGACUACGGAGGGUAAGGAAGGGGAGGAGGCAAGGGAUAACCGUGACGACUUUAAGGUCGCCAACACCCCUAACGGCUCGGUCGAGGCCUCUCAGAGCCAGUCCUGGUCGUUGUCCGCGGAGAUCGUUCAACGACCGCAACAGCGGCAGCAGCAGAAGCAACAGGAGCGAUUUUCGACCCUUAUCGGAAUGAACCGCAUCGUGUCCGAUAUCCGGACGGUGAGGAGGGCCUACAAGACCGACGCGUUCCGCUUGAGGGUGUGGCGAACGUCAGCUUGGCGGCAAGGCGAGGUGGCUGGGACGGGAGACUAG